AUGGUGGAGGAGGAGCCGACAACACCAGGAGGCCGACUGAAGGAGACUGAGCCGGUGGAUGAGGAGCCCAGGAUGGAGCAGAGCAGCCACAGAGCCAGGGUGACACCGAGGACCUGGAGAGCCAAGGCGGAGCAGAAGGCUCAGGCGACCGAGGCAGAGGCGGGGCUCCGGAAGACCACUGCAGAGCCGGAGCGACUGAGGAUGAAGGUGGAGCUGGAGGGAAGGAGGAGCCUGCCUGAGCUGGAGGGAUGGCUGGGCGGAACCUGCGGAGCCACAGGAGAUUCAGGGCUGGGCGGAACCAGCGGAGACAUAGGAGGACUGGGAGUUACCUCCCCAAACCAGUCUAUUAAAUCCAUUUCAAAAAUGGCCAUAAGUUCCUCUGUAUAUGGUCCAGUGACCAGUGGCAGCUCACCCUCAGCAGCAGGAGUGUGGGUCGGGCCUCCCUCCAAGCCCUCGAUCUCCACCAGUACUCCCACGAUGCACAGUGUUGCCGGCUCACACACCUGGUCAGUCGUGCUCUCUAGUCCUAGCUCCGCAGUGAUGAUUGGCUCUGUAAUCAUGUCCGGCUCGGGAUCUGCAGCUGCGGUGGGCUCUGGCACUUGCUCCGUGCAGUGGGAUGACAGCUGGCUGGUCUCUGGUUUGGGAGUGGGGCUGGAGAUAUUCUCCUCAGCGGGGCAGAUGGUGAACGGUGAUACGUUAAUCUCCAAUACCCACUACACGAAAGCGGUGAAAUCCUCUUUGGGACCGUUUGCUGGCACGACAGGUUUCCUUUUAGAUUUCAGAAAAAUUAAAAAAGCAGGAAAGGAAAAAAUGACCCUAAGACAGGAGUUGGGGCUCACCAGUGCUGUGUCUUUGGUUGCAGGGAUCAUGAUUGGUUCAAGAAUUAUUAUUUUUUUGUCUCCACAGUUUGUACUGGCAUAUUUAGGGAGUUCAGGGGCAAGCUUGAUCAUCUGGGCAGUAUGUGGUAUAGUAUGCAUGUGUACUGCUUUGUCAUGUGCUGAGAUAGGAACCAUUAUAAAAGAAUCAGGGGGUGACGACUAUAGCUAUAUCCUUUGAAUUUAUGGACCUUGUCCUGCAUUCUUUGUGACCUUUACAACCAUAUUUGUGAUGAAGCCAUUUGGGAUUAUAGCUGGUUCCCUGAGCUUUGCUAAGUAUGCUUUGUGUUACGUCCCGUAUUAUAAGGACGGGCUUGAACACAUACUAAUGGUAAUGUGUAUUGCUGCAGCAUGUGUGUCAGUGAUUGCAACUGCCAGCCUGCAAAAUAUAAAUUUUACCAUUGCUGCUCAGGCAGUCUUUAUGGUGGAGAGAUUUGUAUGUCUAAUGAUAAUAGUUAUUGGAGGAAUAAUAACACUUUUACAGGGAAAUUAUGGAAGUCUCUUAAAUUUAGAAAGUGCCUUCGCAGACACAAAGCUUGGUAUCAGUACUGUUGGAAUGGCACUGUAUCAAUGCCUGUGGUCAUAUGCUGGGUGGUACAACUUAAACAAUGUUACUGAGGAGGUGAAAAGGCCAGAGGUGAACCUGCCAAGGGCACUGAUGAUAGCUAUUCCCAUGGUAACGAUUCUGUACCUACUAGUCAAUGUCAGUUAUCUAGCUGUCAUGACACCCACAGAGAUGAUAUCAUCCAGUGCAGUGGCUGUCACUUGGGGGUAAGGAUUUUGAAAUAAAGUAUUAGGAGGAUGGGGCUGGGUGAUGUCUGUUGCUGCAGCACUAUCAGCCUUUGGUUCUCUAAAUGGAUCCUUUUUCAGUGGAGGACGAAUGUGUUACGUAGCAGCAAGAGAGGGACACAUGCCAGACAUCCUGGCCAUGGCUCACAUGCGCAGGCUUACUCCCUCUCCAGCCCUCAUUUUCAACACAAUCAUUGCUCUUAUUGUUCUCAUUCUGGGAGAGUUCCAGGCCAUAGUGAACUACUUCAGGUAUAGUGCCUGAUUUUGUAUGACUUUUAACAUGUAUGUACUAUUGAAAUUAAGGUAAUAAAAAAUAGUGCUUAAAAGAGUCUAAAUAGAACUACAUGAAAAAAGUAUAUCGAUACAAACUUUGAUGUUGGCUUGAGAAAGCCUGACCAGAAAGUUGGAAGAAGCCUAGCUUUAAAAGUUUGAAGUUUGAAGGUGUUCAGUUUGAAGUAAUUAGAAGUUUGAAUAAGUAGCAGUUUUAAAAGUGUCACGAUGCUCCUGAGGAGGCAAGGAACGCAGAUAUGAUGGAGUGUAACGAGUAACAAUCUUUAUUGAUCCAAACGGGGGUAACAGGGCAGACAGGAACACACAUGAAGCACAUAGUAUAGACGACAACGGACAAAGGAACCAAGGCACAGACAAUACUUUAAAUACACACACACACACACACACACAUACAUAUUAGUGAUGGGCAAUGAUUACAUUGUUCAGUAGCUAUUAAUAGCAUGAUUUUUCUGCAAUUAAUCACGAUUAUUCACAUUGUUAUGCACAAAACUAAAUAAUGAAUUCAAAAGUAGUGUAUUGCACUCUUUUUUCAUUUAAAAGUACUGCUAUGAACACAAGUGCAAUAACAUUUGUUUUUUUUUUUUUGGUUGGUUGGUUGAUUUAUUUAUUUUUUUACAGCAGGGUCAUUACAUGUCAAAUCAACCAAAUUUCAGAGAUUUUCCCAUCUCACAUUUUUGAUUUUGCGCAUAUUUUUUUUCUGAAGGAAAAUUUUGUAGAAGGGCAAUUUUCACCUGAGAUUCAGAGCAAUAUUACAGGAGGUUUAAAAUGACUUAUGAAAGUCAUUCACAAUGUUAUUUUUACACAGAGAUUAGUUGGUCUUUUGGGAAAAUAUGUUGACUUUAGCAAUCUUUGUUACAUUAUGUGCCAAUGGUGACCAUUCAAAAAUGGGGAAAGAGC